CUACCUUUACUUAUAGAGAAUAAGAAGUGAAAGUGUUUAUGCCUUCUCUAUAUUAUGUAUCUAUAAGUGAAAAUUUUCAAUAUCUAGCAAAUACUAGAUAACAGCUAGUAUAUUUAUUUAUCGACAACUGCAGUCUUAUAUUUUCCAUAUGCGCGCAGUUUACAUUUAAAGGCCUUUAGAUGUGCGCGUAUAUAGCUUUUGACAAAAACAAUGUUUCAAGUAUUUUGUGUAUAAAGCAGAAAUCGUAAGCUGCAAUAACUGCAUAGUAUAGUGCUGUGCGCUGUAACAUUAUCUGACCUGCAGCUGCCACUGGUCCAUUAGAACUUCGGAUAUGAAAGUGACGUUUCUAGAUCCACUGAUGUCAAGUGCAUUGCAUGCACACGGAACGUAGUCUUUAGAGUUGAUGCAUUUCUUCAGACUUACACUGCCCUUGCUAUUGUUGCUCUCAUAUUGUUGUUCAAACGUGCAACUCCAUAAAGAUUAUGUGAAAAUUUUCAAUUGCUACUCCAGGUCUUGGCUGUAAUUUGUCAUUUCCUAGCUGCCUUGGUUUCUCUGACGAACGCGAAGUAUUGAUACCUAAAAUGGCUCGUGAGCCAAUCACGCUUAAUGUCUAUGAUAUGUAUUGGAUCAAUGAAUACACAACUCCAAUGGGCUUAGGUGUUUACCAUUCUGGUGUUGAAAUAUAUGGAACAGAAUAUGCAUAUGGUGGUCAUUUACUUCCUAUAACAGGAAUAUUUGAGAUAACGCCGAGGAGUGCUGACGAUUUAGGAGAACAAUUUCGAUUUCGGCAAUCGGUCCACAUUGGAUACACAGAUUUCACCGAAGAGGAUGUUUCUAGAAUAAUUGAAGAAUUAGGAAAAGAAUUUAGAGGAGAUCGUUAUCACUUGAUGAAUAAAAAUUGCAAUCAUUUCAGUAGCCGAUUUACACAGAUAUUAUGCGGUCAAGAAAUACCUAGUUGGGUAAACCGACUGGCUUACUUUAGUUCCUGUGUACCAUUUCUGCAGCGUUGUUUGCCAAAGGAAUGGCUUACCCCAGUCGCUCUUCAACACUCCAUCAGUCACGUGAGCCAUAACAGUAGCCACAACGAGAGCACACCAUCGGACAGCUCCUUGUAACCAAUACAGCAACGUCAUUGUCAUUAUCGUUGCUGUAAGAGCACGAGCAAUGAACAAUGAACAAUAUCGACAACGAUUAAUUCGGUAUGAGUGAAAAUAUUCAAUUUCAGUGCAAAUGAACUAUAUUAUAUAGCGUGCGUAAGUAUUUGUGUUAUGAGUGAGUAUUUGAAUAUGAGCGGGAUAUGAGUGAGUUAUAAAAAAGUGACAGUAAAGUUUAUCUAAUUAUACGCGGAUUUUUGAGAAUCGUGUGGGAAAAAAUGUAAAAUCGUGUUUUGACUUUUUUUCGAAAAAUCUUGAGGAAUGUUGUCUUAAAAUUUAUAUCUUAAAAUCAAUGUUUCAUACAUACAUUCCCAAAUUUAACUAGAAAUAAUAUACAAGCCUCUAUGAUGUAAAUAAUAUAAUUUUUAUUGGUGUUACAAAACUUAAAACUAUUUUAUAGAAGUAAUGUAGGUGGUUGAGAUUCAAUAGUAAAUUCAUGAAUUUUAUGAAAUCAAUCAAAUUUAACUUACUGUCAUUUUUUCAAAGUGUAAAAAUGGUGAAGGCUUUUUAAAAUAUUUUAAGGAACUAGUAAUUUUAUCACAUCCCAAUGCGGCACGAUCGUUGCACUCAGUAAACUACUUUUAUAAUUUCCAAAUCAAUAUUAUACUUUGAAAAGUACUGCAUGAAAUUGAUUAAAACUUUUGCAGUCACGGUUAGUCAAGGAUUUUAACUGAUGAGCUGAGAUGUCUAA